AAAACACCAACGGUUUUCCGCCGCGACAACACGUAACUUUCGGAAACCUUUGACUCAUACUUGCGUCUUCGAAUACGAUAGCCGUUUUAUUAGUGUGAAGUGACGAUAUAUUGUGGGAUGUUUGUGAUUUUUGUGCGUUUUAAAGUUUGACAACGCUGACUUUGAAACUAAUUAGAGUCCAUCAAUCAAGCUCCACUCUACGAGGACAAUUGAGACGGACCGCGAACAUCUGUAGCACUUAACAUGUCCAACUAGACAAUUCAGUGUCCGACUAAGAAUGACAAUCUUCGAGUAAACUUCAGGGAAAAGAUAGAAAACAAUCUGUUACCAAUGAACGACCUAAAUUAUAACGCAGGAAUGAGUUCCUACCAAUUUGUGAAUUCCCUCGCAUCUUGCUACGGGAAUCAAGUCCCGGGACGUACGGGGACCCCUGUAGAGCAAUCUGGCCAUCCAGGGCUUCCUACUCCCGGCGCAGAUUACUACAAUCCAAACGCUACAGCGUCAUAUCCAAACACAUGUUAUUCUCCGCCGCAAGUCGGGCAUCAUUAUCCUCAACACCCUUAUGCGACACCAGCAGCCGGGGCUCACAUGCAGCCUCAGGCUAUGAUCGAUUACACGCAACUACACCCACAAAGACUAGGCAGUGCAGCCAGUCAUAUGCAUCAACAUUCAAAUCCAAGCCCUGGUGCGCUGUCACCUAAUCUAAUGUCCACACCACCUAGCCAAGCUGCUAGUGCAAGUUGCAAAUUCGCUGACUCGACUUCCACGACUGGAGUUGCAUCCCCACAAGACCUCUCCACUUCGUCGGGCCCUGGACGAACGUCACCGGGCUUUGGGAGUGUUGGUCAGAAUUCAGGUGGAACGACUAGUACGAAACUAGGUCUUACUACACCCAUUGCUUCUCCAGUGGAACAUAAGGCGAAUAUAAACCAAAAUAUUUCAAGCCCCGCCUCAAGUACAUCCAGCAAUGAAAGCAACGAAGCUAAUAACUCGAGUUCAAGUAAUACGAAGAAUACAAAGUCUGCUUCCAAUACGCAGGCGAAUCCUCCGCAAAUUUAUCCAUGGAUGAAACGUGUUCACCUAGGGCAAAGUACGGUAAAUGCAAAUGGUGAAACAAAACGUCAGAGGACUUCGUACACUCGGUAUCAGACGCUGGAACUCGAGAAAGAAUUCCACUUUAACAGAUAUCUGACGCGGAGAAGGCGGAUCGAGAUAGCGCACGCGCUGUGCCUCACCGAGCGCCAGAUCAAAAUCUGGUUCCAGAACCGGCGCAUGAAGUGGAAGAAGGAACAUAAGAUGGCGUCGAUGAAUAUCGUGCCUUACCAUAUGAAUCCGUACGGUCAUCCCUACCAAUUCGAUCUUCACCCGAGCCAAUUCGCUCACUUGUCAGCAUAGGAUCAGUGGAAUUUUUCGAAUAGUGGAUAACUGAUUUAUUAAAAGAAAAUUAGUCGACCGUACAUCGGACGGAGUUGUGUGUAACAUCUUCAUAAGGAUAUGAGAUGUUACAGCAACUAGACUAGAUCAGUUAUUCGCUGUUCGAAAAAUUAUCAAUUAAAUAUAGACUAAUUUGUUGAAGUUGUUGUUGUGACAUUCAGUGACGUUUUAAAUAAAAGUGCUUCUGCUGUAAGACGCGCGAGAGAGAACCCAGGAGACAGUCGAGACCAAACAGGACAAUCAACUACAUUCAAUCUUGAACUAUCUGUAUUUACAUAACUGGUAAAAAAACAUACAUUUCUAUACAUUGAAUAAUAUGUAGCUACGUUUAUUGUUAAAUUAAAAUCAACAAAACUAUGUCAAAUUGUUGAUUUAGAAAGAAUUUUGCCUAGUCAUAAGCUAUAAUUUGAUCUGCAUACUAUUCCUAAAAUUGUAAGAUAAAAACGAAUAAUAAAUAUUAGUGUAAAUUGUGAUGGCUAGUUAGAUUUAAGCUAAGGCAUGUUUGUUAGAUUCGAACUUUAAAAAAUCAUCUAUAAAAAUAAUCAAGGAACAUUUAAUAUACAAAUUCUAUGUUUAUAAAUAAGCCGUCACCCCAAAAUAACAAAUUCGGAAAUGUACAGGGAUAAGAUAAAAUUUGGCGAAUACAAAAAUGUAAUAUUGAAUACGCAUGAUUUUUACUUAAAACAUUUCAUUACUCUAAAUAGCGAGGAGUAAAGUUAUUUUCUAGAUUAGCGAGGGCUUGUAAAAACGCUGUGAACUUAAAAACAGGAUAUAAGCUCAGUUAAUAUCUGUGAAUAGGAAGCUAUUUGAUCUUAAAUUGUAAAUAUUGAAACUGUCACUAGUAGGUAUCUGAAAAAGUUUAAUAUAUUCAUUAUAGUGUCAACUUUUUCGAUGAACUGUUUUAUGUUCCUGUUCUUAGU